AUGUCGGCCAUGCCACGUGGCGAGAUCGACCCCGGCCUGGGUCGGGUCAGAGCUGCCCUGGAGCGCCUCGGUUCUCCUCAGCAGUCGCUUGCGGGCCGCGUGCUACACGUGGCUGGCACGAACGGUAAGGGGAGCGUUUGCGCUAUGCUUUUCUCGGCAUUGAGGCAGGCAAGACUGCGGGUUGCUAUGUUUACAUCUCCUCAUCUUGUGGAGCCCUUUGAUUCUUUUCGCUUGGCAGAAGACGGCCAGGACAAAGACUUCUCCAAAGAGCAGCUUACGUCUCUCCAGCUUGAGAUCGCUCAAACCUGCGGGCUCACGGACGGAGAAGCCGCCAGGACGCUCACCCUCACAACGUUUGAGUUGCAAGUCGUCAUGGCGCUAACCCUCUUUGCCCGACAGAAGGUCGACAUGGCCAUUAUCGAGGUUGGCAUGGGCGGGCGUGACGAUGCUACGAACGUCCUGAUUCAGCCAGCUGUCUGUGCCAUUUCGAGCAUAGCGAUGGACCAUGAGAAGUUUCUUGGUUCGACGCGAGAAGAGAUAGCAAGUCACAAGGCAGGGAUAUUUCAGCUGGAUCGCCCUGCUGUCGUGGCUGCGUCGGGCAUGUCAGAGAGUGUGAAGAAAGUCAUCACCGACUGUGCGAAAGCGGUGGGCUCACGGCCCAUCACUUGGGUCGAGCCAGCUGAGGUGGUUUCGCCGGGUGCCAGCCAACAAGGUGAGAUAGCCGAAGUCCAGCGAUUGCGUGUUGAAGGCUUCAGCGAGGAGCUUCAGCUACCACUGCUGGGGGACUACCAGCGCUCCAAUGCUGCCCUGGCAUUGGCCAUGCUGCUGGAGCUCCGACGUCAGCACCUGGCAUUGCGCACGUCAGGCAGCCAACAAGUGCUCGACGAGUCUGUGCUUGAUGACGGAACCAUUGCGUCCGGCAUGGCUGCCACAAAGUGGGCAGGACGCUUGGAAUGGCUUCAGUUGGGCACUGAUCGUGUGCUCCUUGAUGGUGCGCACAAUCCGCAUGCUGCGGAAGCUUUGGGAGGUUAUGUCGAUAAAGCAGUCCGACCACGAGGGCAGCCGGUGUCCUGGGUCAUAGCCCUGAGCGCGGGCAAGGAUGCCAUCGCCAUCCUCCACGAGCUACUCCAUUCAGAUGAGGAUGCCGUCUACACUGUGGGCUUCUCCGAAGUGGAAGGAAUGCCUUGGGUACAAGCGCAGGCACCGGACGACAUACUGGCUUCGGUCUGGUCAUUGAGACCUCAUCUGCGACAUGCCCAAGCAUGUCCUGAUCUGCAGUCCGCCCUUGAGGUGGCGCAGGCAGAUGCCGUUGCAUCGCAGAUUGUGAUCUGUGGCUCCCUGUACCUGGUGGCGGACUGCGUGCGCCUGCAGCGGAGCAAGAUGCAUGGACUGCAGCAAGCGAAGAUUUGA